CUCGCACAUUUCAUGUGUACAACUCAGGAGAAUAUACAUGUAUUGAUUAAAUAUGGAAUUUAAGUGACAUUUCUGGUUGUGAAUUAUAACAUAUUUCAUGGCUCAACGUGUGGUUAAAAAUGUUGAAAACGACUACUUAAUUUGCAGCAUUUGUUUAGGAAGAUAUGAAAACCCUAAACUACUACCGUGUGGGCAUACAUUUUGUCGUCAAUGUUUAAACGACCAUAUUACUUUGACAGUUACGGACCGUGCGGCUCAAGGGUUCAAUUGCCCAAAUGACCGAUCCCUUGUGAAGCGACCGAAAGUGGGUCUAAAUCCAAAGCAAUGGGCGGACGCUUUCCCCACAGACACCUUUCUUGUGAGUUUAGUACAAGCUGUAGCCUCGCACGAAGGCGGGGGUCCUCCGCCAGUCGGAGCAAAUGCUUCCCAGAACACCGAACAGACGACAGAGGGCGAAGUGGCGGGAAGUUCUAAUGGUCCUCGAUGUGAAAAGCAUCCUGACAGACAGAUUGAGUUCUUCUGUCUUGGUUGUAGUGCUUCAAUAUGUCCAGUGUGUGCCGUGAGAGAACACAGAAAAAGGACGUGUGAGUGUGUCUCUGUGUCCGAAGCGAUGGAGAGACAGAGGCCAAGAAUUCAAGCAUUGAAAAGAAGAUUCGAAACUCAGAUUCAAAAGAUUCAAAGGUUGAAUCGGGGAGAUGGAAUCCUAAACGGCACCUUCACAAGCAGUAAAGAAAGAGCAUUGAAUACACUGAAUGACAUAGAAGCAAAACUAGGUACGUUUUUCCAAGUGAUUCUCCAACAAGUGGAAGUUCUUCGUCAGCAAGUAAACGAGGCAACAGUGAAUUUCGCGGGCGAAAACCAGCAGCUAAACUCUGUUCUUGAAAACAUAGAAUCGACAAAGCUUACUUUUGAAAACAUGUGCAAUAUUAAUUAUAGUGCUGAGGUUUUGAAUAUUCUACCCAGGAUGGAAACACAAGCAGACGAGUUUGACACUGCCAUGCAAACUGCCAAUCAAAAUGCCGGAAUGCAACUCGAUGUUGUCACCAAUACUUCAUUUGAAAGUUUCCUACGUAAUCCUCCACCAAUCGGUACCCUUAAGGUUACACGUGGUAGUAGAAACAACGCCAGAAGACCACCCAACAGACGGGACCAAACCAGAAACAACGUACGCAGUGGGAACCCAUCUCAGGAAUACCAAAGGCAGACAUCCACUGGAGCUGUCCGACCGACAAACACUCCUCGGCCUACACGAGAACCACGGCCAACGAGAACGAUCAGCAAAGUCAAUGUCAAAGUGGCCUCAGAGGCAGUAUCUGCUUGGCAUUUGACAGGUGUCGUUUUUGUUGGAAAUACCAUUGUUGUAACAGACAACUUAAAUGAGAUGGUUCGACAAGUGUCUAUAUCCUCACAGGCUCUGAAUCUCACAUUGCCCUUAGAAAAACCAGUUUCAAUCUGCAACGUGUCUUGUCCUACAGACGUCGCAGUGACACAACCAGAUAAAAGAACCAUUACGAUAAUAUCAACAGAACGAGGAUUGAAUGUUAAAGGGACUGUGCGUACCAACAAAGCUUACGAAGGGAUCGCUCAGAUGCAGAGUGGGGACUUUGUAGUGUCCUGCAUCCAAGGCAGAAUGUCCAUUGACGUCAUCGAUAGAGGAGGUCACGUGUUAAAAUCGAUUGAACGGUCUUACUCUUUACGAUGCCCGCGCUUCCUGUCUGUUACCUCUGCAGGGAGAGUGAUCGUCACCGACAAGGAGCAGAAACACAUUGUAAGCCUCAACUUCGAAACUAGCCAAUUAGACUGGACCUAUUCUACCCAGUACUCUCCCUGGGGAUUGGCUUGUGACCAGGAUGGGAAAAUAUUCAUUUGUUUGGAUAACAAUUCUGUACAAGUCGUCUCCGAAGAAGGCCACCUAAUUCAGGACAAAUUUGUUACCGAAAACGAUGGAAUUAAAACACCACAUGCAAUAUGUGCGCGUCGCGGACAAAUUGCCAUGACUGAAUUUGGACCAAGUUUGUUCGUUCCCAACAGUCCUUUUGUGUAUAUUGCAAAAUUCAGUAGCUAAAUUCCACGUAUCUUGCCGUUAUAGGUCCUCCAUAAACAUUUGAACAUAUUCAGUUUCUUCCCAUAAAUAGCUAGCUUUGGCCAAAUUAAGUGAAGGAACACAAAAAUUAUAUAUCUAUCUACUGAUGAUUGAGAGGUGGACCCAAUUCUUUUGGAAACUAAUAUUUAAGAAACCUUUUGGACGUCAGACAAGCAAGUUCUAGUAAAUAAUCACAGGCACUUGAAGUAACUUAUUUUUCUUUUGAUAAAAAGAAACACACCCAUACCUAAUACUGCAGGGGCCCGUUUUACAAAAGGACUUAAGA